AUGGACGCAACUUCCGCUAUCAAUCAGCUCCGACAAGGCCAGAAGCCGGAAUGGCCAGCUAACGCCGACUCGCUCGAGUUCGCACAGUCUCUCGAUAGCAGCAGUGAUAUUCUGAAGACCUUCCGAGAUGAGUUCGUUGUUCCCACAAAGGCCCAGCUCGCGCGGAAACAGCUCAAGGAUGAUGCGAAGACUGCAGCGAAAGCUACCAGUGCGGAUGAUGAGGGUAUUUACUUCUGCGGCAACUCGCUCGGUCUUCAGCCUAAGGCCGUUGGCGAAUAUCUGAACACAUACCUCAAGACCUGGGGGUCCAUUGCUGUUGGUGGUCACUUCACAAACUUCGAGGACUCGCCAUUGCCACCCUACCAAGAUCUUGCUGCACAAUGCUCACAACAGAUGGCCGAUAUCGUCGGCGCAUCCCCUGCGGAGAUCGUCGCCAUGAACACCCUAACCAUCAACCUUCACCUGAUGAUGGCCGCGUUUUACAAACCCACGGAGAAGAAGCACAAGAUCAUGUGCGAAUGGCGGCCGUUUCCCAGCGACUGGUAUGCAAUCGAAUCGCAAAUCGAAUGGCACGGUCUCGACCCCAAGAAGUCCAUGUUGACCGUGGAGCCGGAUGAGGGCUACCUGAUGACCACUGAGCACAUCUGCAAGCUCAUCACCGACAACGCAGACGAGAUCGCCUUAGUCAUGCUUCCUGGAAUCCAGUACUACUCCGGCCAGCUCCUCGACAUCCCCACCAUCACCGCUCACGCGCACAAGCACGGCCUUACCAUCGGCUGGGAUCUUGCGCACGCUGCUGGAAACGUUGAAUUGAAGCUGCACGAGUGGGACGUUGAUUUCGCAUGUUGGUGCACCUACAAGUACAUGAAUGCCGGUGCCGGCUCAGUAGCAGGCGCCUUUGUGCACGCGAAACACGGCAACAACGAGCACAACGUUGGUUUGAAAGGGUGGUACGGUCACGACAAGUCGUCUCGCUUCCUCAUGGACAACAACUUCAAGCCCACACCCGGCGCGCAGGGCUUCCAGUGCUCUAACCCUUCCAUCGUCGACCUGGCAUGUCUAUCCGGCUCCCUGAGCGUCUUCAACAAGACCGAAAUGGCCAAGCUGCGCUCAAAGUCCCUCCUCCUGACCGCAUACGCAGAGCAUUUGCUUUCCGCCAUUGCCACCCGAAACAUCAAAGACGGCGAUUUCCCCUUCCAAAUCAUCUCGCCAACGGACCCGCGCUUCCGCGGCGCCCAGCUCAGCGUCCUCUUGCAAGAAGACCUUAUGGAGGACGUAGCCGCAGGACUCGAGAAGAACAGCGUCAUCUGCGAUAAGAGGAAACCCGGCAUCAUUCGUGUCGCACCUGCACCGCUGUACAACACUUUCGCGGAUGUGCAGAAGUUCAUGGCCAUCUUUGAGAAGGCGCUGCAGCCCAAGACAGAGACAGAGGGGCGAAGGGAAGGGAAGCAGGUAGAUGUAAACGCCAAUGUAGAAGCGAGGCUGUAG